CCGCCGCCAUUUAUAUUUCUCCGCCAUUUUACAUCAACCCAGCAGAGAUUAGGUUGCGAAAAUGACGGCCCAAAUGGAAAACCAACUGUGCAAGCUGUUCGUCGGCGGCCUCAACGUGCAGACCACCGACGACGGGCUGCGAAAUCAUUUCGAGCAAUACGGCACGCUCACGGACUGCGUGGUGGUGCAGAACCAGCAGCUAAAGCGCUCGCGUUGCUUCGGUUUCGUGACCUAUUCGAGUCCCGAGGAGGCGGACUCGGCCAUGGCGGCGCGACCGCACGUCCUGGACGGCAACAACGUCGAGCUGAAGCGGGCCGUGGCCCGGGAAGACGCUGGCAAACCCGAGGCCCUCGCGAAGGUGAAGAAGAUCUUCAUCGGCGGGCUUAAAGACGAUAUCGAGGAGGAUCACCUCCGCGACUGCUUCUCCCAGUUCGGUGCGGUGGAGAAGGCGGAGGUGAUCACGGACAAAGAGACCGGCAAGAAGCGAGGCUUCGGCUUCGUGUAUUUCGAGGACAACGACUCGGCCGACAAAGCCGUGGUGCUCAAGUACCACGUUAUUAACGGGCACAAAGUGGAGGUGAAGAAAGCCCUCACCAAGCAGGAGAUGCAGGCCGCUGGGAGCCGGGGCGGUCGCGGCGGCCGCGGGAGGGGGAUGGGGAGACCGCAGAACGGCUACGGCGGGCGCGGCAGCGGAUACGGCAACUACGGCGGCGGCGGAGGCGGCUACGGAGGCAACGACGGCUACGGCGGAGGCUACGGAGGCGGAUACGGUGGCGGGUAUGGGGGAGGCUACGGGGACCAAAUGGAGGGCUACGGCGGUGGUAACGGCUACAAUGACUUUGGCAGCGGCUAUGGCCAGCAGUCCUCUGGCUAUGGCCCAAUGAAAGGUAAUUACUCGGGCAGAAGCAACGCUCCUUACUCCCGAGGAGGCGGUGGUGGUGGCGGUGGUUACGGCAGGGGGGGUUACGGAGGCUCGUAUUAGCCGGGAGCCUAACGUUAGGUCGCAAAUUAAGAGCAGCUCCUUCCCCAGCCCACAUCACAGUUUUGACCACACGUUAUCUUCAGAUAAGUAGCCAGAGUGGGCCACCUUAACGUGGCGUGGCGUUGACUGAAACACUCGAGCCUCCAUUCAGGAGCUCACGACUUUUAUCCAGCCUAGCAGAUCAUAGGUAGGGCUCACCUGUCCGACUUUACUCGACAUCUCACAGCUGUUACUGCUACUACCACACAUCCUUUUGCUCUUUCCCUGAAGCACUAGGGAGUUUUUCUUUUUUUUUUCUGCAAGACGUAGGACUACUACUCUGGAUCUCUACUUUAUUAUAAGACUGGCCAGUGGUGUCCGGGGCAGGCUACCUGUUUGGGAAACUGUUACUCACGUUUUUUUUUGUGCUUUGGGAUUAAGUUAAGAGUAGUGUUUUUGCUUGUUAAUUAGCGUAGGCAUGUGUUUUCCUCCUUUUAGUAUGUGUAUUGUAUUUUUAUUGUGUCUUUUCUUUUCAGUACACUUACAGGGCUGCAAAACAAUUAAUUGCAUGCAAAAAUAAGGUUUGUUUACAUGCUUACUAUAUAUAUAUAUAUAUAUAUAUAUAUAUAUAUAUAUAUAUAUAUAUAUAUAUAUAUAUAUAUAUAUAUAUAUAUAUAUAUAAUAAUACUCACGUGUAUGUAUGGAUAAAGAAAUAGGAAAUGUUUAUAUUAAGGAAAACUUAAAGUACACCAUACAAAUAUUUUGCAAAAUAUAUAUACACGCGUGUAUCUAUAUAUUCGUAAUUAAUAUGCAUAUGUAAGCAAACUUUUUAUUUUGAGCGCGAUUUAAUUCUUUCGCAGCCCUGCUUUUAAAUCCGAUUGAGAGCCAAUCGCGGCGAACCCCUGCAGAGAUUUAAAAAUCCAUUGGCUGGCAGCAGGCGAGAUUAGCAUAUCGCCUGAAGGAAAAAUCCCAUUCGCGUUCGCAAAAGUCGAGAGCUACCGUGAGCCACGGGGUUAAUUCGACGUUACGUACGUUUAUUGAGCAUUGCUUUCGUCUCAUUUCGCAAAUACGCGAUUAACCGCGAUUCUUCCGAACAUCUUAAAGCAUUUCAGCAGCCGCCAUGAUUUUUUUUUGUAUAUAUACACACUUGCUUAUUUUACGGUAAACCAUUUUGUUUCUGUACACGCACUCAAGGCCUUUAAAAAACAGUCAGAAUUGCAUUACUUCAUUAUUUGUAUUUAUUUUUUGCUUUAAGUCAAACGCCGUGGCGUUCAUUGAGUCAAUUAUAACUCUUUGCUUUUCGAAAAUGAAUGGGAAAAAUUACGAGGCAGCUGUGGAUGGGCAUUGUUGAACUCGACUCGCUGCACAGUCUGCCGCCAACCAAUGAAAGACUGAACUUGUCCUCAAUUAGGCUCGACGGCAACUAGAAGCUAGCAUGAACGUCUUGGCAUAAACAGAAAUUCCUUUGGCGUCUCAAAAACGUAGCAAGUUAAAGAACUAGUUUCAGGCUCCCUAAAACGGCCCUCAACGUCCAUUAAUAUAGUGACUAACUUGUGUCUCCUCCCACUUAGUGUCAUUUGUUAAAUAGUUCAAGCACAUUAUGAAAAUAUUGUCAUUGGUGUUACAGCGAACCUUUUUCGUCGGGACCCUGAAGACCGAUUUGAGUUGUUUUUCUACCGUUUAAUCACUUAGUAAAGGACUUAAAUGCUCUUGUCUCAUUGUAUUACUGCUUCAACGGAAUAACCUAUUGAAUAUUGUUUAUUUCAGAUACAACUGAACUGUAUGUAUUUCUGUUAAUAAAAGUCAUUAUUCCGUAGCCAUUAUGGUUUAUGGCCAGCUGAGAUUUAUUGGGUCGCAUAUGAGGCCCGUGUAGCGAUUUUUGUCUUUUCAAUCUAGAUAAGACUAAAAGCGGAGGCCAACCUUUGCCUUUAUUGGGCAUCGGCGCUAGUGCUCCACAUUAAUGACAUUUCUUUGCAUCAGACGUGUGGGGAUGUCAAUAUUUUCCCAACCAUAUGUUGUCUUUAUUCUCAAAAUAUGUUUAGAGCUUUGUUCCAAUACUUUUAGUGAUCAAAUAAGACGGAUCUAUACCUUAGCUGUGUCCACUACUACGUCAUUGGAUUCUCCAGGGCUACUCCAGAGAUGUAGAAACCCAGCUGAAAAUCCGUAGGAUAAACGCACCAGGUUUCCAGGUUUGUAGAAAUGCUUUAUACACCAGACAUUACAUCGGGUGUGUCUUUUUAACAUACUUUGGAUCCACCUGGAACGAAAUCAGGUAUUUGUGAGUCGUCAACGUAAAGCGUGCAUGCAACUUUAUUUCAGCAUUUCCUAAAUUCUAGCUGUUGAAUAGCGUUAACUGGCGGCGACCAUGUAACAUAGAGGAAAAGUGGAAAGUAGAACAUGCUCUUGUAGUUCUAUGUGUGUGCCGCUGUGGUGAUUGUGGUCUAUGUAGUUAUGUCUUAAUCCAAUAUUUUAGCCGAUUUCCAGUUUAAGGUCAAACCGGAGAACGGAGCUUAUAGUUCCUGUAUACUUGAUGCAUUAGUUCCAGAUAUUAAUGACAUCAAAUGCAAAGGAGAUCAGCAUUUAUUAAGCAAGGUUUGUGCUUUCAGUUAUUUACUUUACAUCUUAUCAAUCCCCCUCCCCUCCUCAUCUCGGUGUUUUGCUCGUGUGUUGUCCUACAUUUCUGGCAGUCUAAGAGGGCAGUGGAUUUUUUUUUUUUUUUUUUUGUUGAUAACUUGAGCGAGACUAGCGAAGAUGCAACUGUACAACCUCUCGGCAUUGGCCUUUUCAAAAAGUGCUGCCAUUUUUUUUUUUUUUUUCAAAGCGCACCUUCUGCAUAGACCCUUCUUAAAGGCACAGUGUGUAAAUCCGAAGGGGUUGUGUAGCUAGGCAUGUUUCAGGACGCCCGCUCGUCGACCCCGACGCUCACGUGCAUCUGCGUCUGUCUUCUUUUUCCACAGAGAGAAUGCAAUGGAUGGGUUUUAAUAAAAUCUCACUUCUAAGCGCGGCCGCUUGAUGAGCCUCCCCCCCGCGGCUGUGAAUCCAGUUGGUCUGAAAGACGGAAGAAAGGACUCUGUAGAGUUUGAGUUUGCAUAUGAAUGCAUGCGCCAGAUUCCCGUGGACCCCUGCGAGGCAAGAUGCUCAUGGCCUGGUGCCAAGAUGAUACCACGAUAAUGCUGCUUGGAGGGCGACUGCUUACGGUUCCUUUUGACUGGAGUUAAAUGGCGAAAUGCACUUGGAAAAUAAUGUCUGAUGAAUUUAAUAAUAAUAAAUA